AAAAAAGAAGAAUGUUAAAAAAAAUGAUUAACCGAAUGAACGAAAAUUUUUUAAGAAAAAUAUAAAAAUUGCUUCCAUUUUUAUAUUUAAAAAAAGCAAAUGUAAACUUUUAUUUAAUUUCAUUUUUCUGUACAAUUUUAAUAAACAGAAUUGAGAAAAUUAAGAAGAAAAAGUUUUCCAUUUUAUAAUUUUACAAAACGAGAUCAGAUCAGUAUGCAAAUUUUUAUAAAUAUCCCGCAUGAUGACUCCUUAUGUAUUGAGUCAUCCAACGUUGGUAGCAUAAAGGAUGUGAAGGAGAAGAUAUCUGAGUUGAAAGGUAUCCCUUGUGAGGUCCAAAAGUUGUUCAAAAAUGGCCGCCAAUUGGAAGACGAAGAACUUAUCGCACUGGAUGAGACUGAAUUUGAGUACACCAUAGACUUAACAUUCGGAUUACUUGGUGGUGGCAAGAAAAAGAAAAAAAAAGUUUACAAGAAACCCAAAAAGGAGAAACAUAAGAAGAAAAAGGUCAAAUUGGCUGUCCUUAAGUUUUACAAAGUUGGAGACGAUGGAAAAGUGUUCAGACUGAAAAAGCAGUGUGACAAUUGUGCUCCUGGCACUUUGAUGGCUGCUCAUUUUAAUAGGGACUACUGUGGAAGAUGCCACCUCACCAUUAUGAAAAAAUAGACCAACAAAUAUAUCACAUAGGCGUUGUUUAAAGGCCUUUUUUAAAAAUGCCUUUUCUCUUUUUCUUUAUCCUUUCAUUUUCCAUUUUAUUUUUUCCUUUUUUUUUUUUUUUUUUUUUCAACUCCAUAUUUAAAGAACAUGUGGUGAAAGGCUAAGAAUUAUGAAUUAACAAUGUUACAAUUUAAUUAGUUAAAGAAUGCACUGCGUGCU